AUAUACUGUUGGUGUGGUCCUGGUUUUCAAUGUCACGCUUGUUGUGUGUCAAACUGCUAACUGUUUGACAUCGAGGUUGUUUUUAAACAUAUCAAACAUGUAUAAAUUAAAUUGUUUAUUAGGUAGUUCUGUGACUAACGUACGCCGACAGCUUGCCACCUCUCUAAACCCAAACGGGAGCUCUCUAUGCAGUGGGUUGCAGCGAACAUUAUGUACCACCACAGACGCCGGGGAACCCUUCUUCAGCGUCUAUCCUCCACUGCCUGGUGAAGACACUUCACAGAGAUGGGGCGGGAAGGCGUUUGAUGAGUUACCAAUCAUUCAUGUUAAAGCCACAUACAACAACACACACAUCCAGCUGACGGACAGUGAGGGACAGUCGAUAGUCAGGACGUCCUGUGGGACCGAAGGCUUCAAGAAUUGCAAGAAGUCAACGCCCAUCGCCGCUCAGAGUACAGGCAUGGCCGCUGCUGUGAAAGCAAAGGCAAAAGGAGUGGAAUUUGUCCGGGUUUUAGUCAAAGGUCUUGGUCCCGGACGUCUGCCAGCGAUCAAAGGCUUGGCGAUGGCAGGCCUGAAUGUGGUAUCGAUCACUGACAACACCCCCGUGCCACACAAUGGAUGCCGCCCACGAAAGGCCAGAAGGAUGUGACCUCCGCGAACCAGAAUCCACUGCAACAGGAGGAAGCUGUUGUGUUGUUGUAUGCUAAUAAAGUGUUUUGUUGCGUAA